GGGGGUACAAGCUGGGAGUACACCAUGUACCUCCUAUCACCGAGUCGGUGUUUCCAGGGGCAGUUUCGAGUGCUGCAGAAGCUACCUCGGUAUGGUUAUGCAGAGAGGACAGGUAUCGAGAUGCAUCCAGUACCUCAAACACCGAAACUCAUCGGGUAUAAAGUCCAAAGACCAUCCUCGUUGUGCACUGCUUGAUUUGUUUCCGUAGACAUCUUCCACUCAUCUUCAUCUCAAAGCAUCAAUACAGACACAUACCAUCACAUUCAUCACAAUGGCGGACUCUUCCUCUCUCAAGCCCAUCAAGGUCUACGGCCACACCGGCCCCAACCCGCCCAAGGUGAUCAUGGUCCUUGCCGAGCUCGGCAUUCCCUAUGACCUGGACAACAUCCAAAUCUCCCAGGCCAAGAGCCCCGAGUUCGUCAAGAACGUCAACCCCAACGGCCGCCUGCCCGCCAUCCAGGACCCCAACACGGACCUCACCCUCUGGGAGUCCGGUGCGAUCCUCGAGUACCUGACCGAGAAGUACGACAAGGAGCUCAAGCUCAGCUUCACCCCCGGCACCAACGACUUCUACCUCGCCCGCCAGUGGCUCUACUUCCAGACCACGGGCCAGGGCCCCUACUACGGCCAGGUCGCGUGGUUCAAGAGAUACCACCCGGAGCCGGUGCCCAGCGCCGUUGAGAGAUAUGUCAAGGAGCUGAACCGCGUGUCGAGCGUGAUGGAGGACCACUUGCAGACGCAGAAGGAGAAGUACGGCACCGAGGAGCCGUGGUUUGUGGGCAACAAGUUCAGCUACGUCGACAUUGCGUUUGCGCCGUGGCAGCACAUUGUCGGCGUGAUGCUGACCAAGGAGGAGUAUGAUGAGGACAAGUACCCAUUGAUCCACGCCUGGUUGGAGAGGUUGAGGGCGAGAAAGCCCAUCAAGGACGCUUUGGAUAACAUGAUUCCUGCUGGUGGCCCUCCUCCUAAGCAGAACGAGUAAGGAAGGGCUUGUACCUACUCGACGAAGUAGCUAGAGAGGAUAAUGUAUUUUUACAAGUGUGUCUGAGCGAAACUUGCUGGAUAGUAUAAUCUAGACUGUUGGGUCAAGGUGGAAUGAAUCUUUUUAACAUCGAGUAACUGU